GGCAGGUCUACUCGGCAGGCCGGUCAGACAGGACAAGCGACGUGUGGUGCAGUUCGGUGGUGCCGGAUCAGUUCGCUAACGAGCCGGAACCACGAAGUUUAAUCAACACAAUCUCUCUAGAAAUCUAGAAUUGUUUCGGUUUUCGAUUCUAUAGACCCCUCCGGUAAGGUGUCUAUCGGGAGUGGAUUAGCCGCGAGUGAGUGACUUGUUUGUGUGGGAUGUGCGGUGGGAUUCUGUUCGUACAGGAUCGACGCGUGUUGGAUACCAAAACGUUGUGAGAACGGUGACCGCGUUGCGCGGAUAACAAGCUAAUCGUUCUCUUGAUUCGGAUACCUUGAUACCGCCGGCACCAGCAUGUCGCUAUCAUUUUCCGGUUACCGUACGGCACGCGAACCAACCCGAUCCUGAUAGUUCGCGGAGUGCUCUGUUCGUGCUGCACUACGUCGUGCCCUUAUGUUCUACUCCAUACCGUGUACUAGUCAUUAUCGGUAAUCCAUUGAAAUCGAAGCCAAAGAUCGGGCUUAUUAAGUCCGGAAUUGAGGAAUUGUUCGCAGUGCGUGUCGUGGCGAUUGAAAUUGUGUGCUCAUAACCGGAAACUGGUGACACAGGAUGGCGGAAGUGAUGAGUGAAAAGCGGGAAAGCAACAAGGUCACCGAUGCGGUGGACCAGCUGGGGGCCAACAAUGGCGGUGAGCACAUUGGGAAUGGGAACGUCCACCUGUCCGAUGAGGAGAUUAUGGCCGGUAUGCUGCAGACUCGGUUUUUGCACGCAAAAAAGCUCGAUCCAGAUUACUCGCAUCUGUUUAGGCACAAAAACGUUUGGCAGCUGGUACGGCUGUCGGCCGUCAUCGUCGGCAUCGAGUUUCUGUAUGCGGCGGAAACGGCUUUCGUUACACCGAUCCUGCUCGGUAUCGGACUGUCGCACACCUUCAUGACAAUGAUCUGGGCGUUCUCGCCCGUGCUCGGUUUUUUCUGUGCUCCGAUGAUCGCUUCGCUCAGCGAUACGAUCCGGUUACGGUGGGGUCGGCGUCGCCCGGUUCUGCUCGCACUCGGCAUAGCCAUGAUGACGGGUUUGUGGAUUCUGCCGCACGGUAAAGCGAUCGGUGUGUUCUUCGGCGAUCCCGACGUACCGGUCGAUCAGAUGGAGGGCUUCCGGUGGGCCAUUCCCGUUACGAUCGUCGGUCUGGUGCUGACGGAUUUUGACGCCGAAACGAGCAACGGAAUUGCCCGAGCUUACUUCAUGGACAUGUGCACUCCUGACGAUCAAGCCCGUGUGCUGACGACGGCCAUGUUUAUCGGUGGUAUCGGCGGUACGGUCGGUUACGUUCUCGGUGCCAUCGACUGGAGCCAAGCGAAUCUAAACUUUCUGGGCGGCAACGAAGCGACCGUGUUCCUGUUCGUCUUCUGUGUGAUGGGCAUCGGUCUAACCAUUACGGUCACUAGCUACCGUGAAGUACCGUUGCCCCUGCAGGAAACCGAUCCGCUCCUGCGGCCAAUCACUUCCAGUGCGUUCGAAGCGGAAAAGAUGCGCCAACUGGCCGUCUACAGCAUCUCGAAGGAUGUGAUCGAUCCGGUGAAAGCACAACCGGAAGCACCACCGAUCGGCGACGAGGAUGAGAAACCGCUGCAGCUGCGUGACUUCCUGCGGAACAUUGUUCGGAUGCCACGCAGUCUGUUCAUCCUCUACACCACGCAGUUCUUCUCGCAGCUCGGCUAUCUCAGCUACUGUCUGUACUUUACGGACUUUGUCGGCUCGGAGGUUUUCGGUGGUGAUUCGGCGGCAUCAUCGGACUCGCCGGAGGGUACCCUGUACGAGGAAGGUGUCCGCUAUGGAUGCUGGGGAAUGGCCGUGUUCGCCGUGUGCAGUGCCUCGUAUUCGGCCAUCAUCGAGCGAAUGAUUAAGCUAUUUGGCGCUCGACCAGUGUACAUGGGUGGUCUGUUGCUGUUCAGCUUAGGUAUGCUAAUGAUGGGGCUGUUUAAGGAGAAAUUUGUCAUCUUCAUCGUCUGCCCGACCGUCGGUAUAAUGUACGCUGGGAUGUACUCCAUUCCCUAUCUGCUGGUCUCGAACUAUCACAGCAAAAACUCGUUUGAAAUGAAGGAUGGCAAAUGUGUGAAGAAUACGACCAAACGAGGCUUCGGUGCUGAUGUUUCGCUCAUGAGCAAUAUGCUGUUCCUGGCACAGCUCAUUAUUUCGUUGGCAAUCGGAAGUAUUAUUGAUGCGGUCGGGUCGAAUGUUGUGGUCAUAUUCUCCGCCAGCAUUUUCUCCCUCAUCGCUGCCCUGGUGGCCUCCCAGAUCGUCUAUAUGGGACUGUGAUGCGUG